AUGGAAACCAUCAAAAUCCCCUCGCCGUCCGCCUUUCUAGAUCCCCCAUCCUUGAGCCCGUCUCGUGGCCAGUCUGCCAAGAAGCCUGUCUCUAAGCAACCCUCCCCGCCCUCUGCCUCCAAACAGCCGCUGGGCAAUGCGAUCACAUCGACUGGACUCAAUAAACCCAAACAGUCCAAGAGCCGUAAUGGCUGCAUUACGUGCAAGACAAAGCGGCUGAAAUGCGAUGAGACCAAGCCUACCUGUCUGCAAUGUCACAAACGGAACGUCGAGUGUGGAGGCUACAAGAAAGACUUCAAAUGGCGUCCGUUCGAAGAAUCCAAUUUCGUGACCAAGUCGGCCCCCCGACCAAAGAAAGUAACCACCACGAAUACUUCCUUGAGUAGCAGCGCUCCGGCCCAUAUUCCAAACCCGUCUGCACAUGGGUCAGCAUCGCCAGCUGGGAGCGGAAGGGAUACGCCCUUGACGUCGCCGUCAUUUAACCAUCCGUUGCCUCUUGCCAGUCCAACCUUUGGCAUUGAUGGAUCGCCACCGACAGGUUCCAGUCUGCCUGCAGACCCUCUGCAUGUCUCGCGCUCGAGUACGGAAUUCAGUGCACGGACAUUCCCUGAGCACACUUCCGAUGAUAUCUUCUCUACUGGCCGAGAUCCGCUGCAACCUGAGCUAGGAGGCUUAGGUAUUCUGGAACCGGGUGACGACCUAUCUGAUCUGAUGUUCUCUAGUCCUGGUAUGGAUGUAGAUGGGACAAAUCAGUCGAUACCUUUCCAGAUCGGCAGCAUGAGUUUCUCUGAAUUCCUGGAAGACGAAAAUGCGGAUAUAGAAGAGGUAGUUCGACAGUCGGAACCAGGACUUGUGAUCUGGCCUCCUCGCGAUGCUACUCAGAGCCAGCAGUCGUCAGCACCGGCUGUAGACGCCACUGUGCUUUUUCGACAGCCAGAUUUGGGCUGCGGAAGCCCUGAGAUGCUCGUUGUUCGUUUUGAUAAGCGCACCUGCGGCAUCCUCUCCGUGAAGGACGGGGCUUCCGAGAAUCCUUGGAGGACGGCGGUUUGGCCACUAGCAAAGGACUCCCCAGCGUUGUAUCAUGCACUAUUUGCUCUCACGGCCUUCCAUUCGUCUAAAGAGAAUCCCACCUUCCGGGUUCAGGGCGUGGAGCACAUGCGAAAGAGUAUCCUCUACAUGGUUCAGGGUAUCUCGAACAUGAGGACGGAUGCUGCAUUGGCCACGACGCUUGCUCUCGCAUUUGCUGAAUCCUGGGACAGACAUACGUCGACUGGGAUCCAACAUCUUCGUGGUGCGAAAGCGUUAGUGUCUCAGGCGCUCAGGGGCCGGGCCAGAACUGAACGUCAUGCAGAUGAUCUCGCAAGGUUACGCUUUCUUUACAAUACAUGGGUCUACAUGGAUGUAAUAGCGAGACUGACCUCUUUGGAUGGGGGUGGAAGGGAAGAAAUAGACAUUUCACCUUUUGCAAUGCCAUCCAAUGCUGUCCACGAGAUCGAUCCUCUCAUGGGGUGUGCCAGCACGCUAUUCCCUCUCAUUGGCCGUGCUGCCAACCUUAUCCAAAGAGUAAGAACGAGUGAAAGCAACUCGAUUGCUAUCAUCUCCCAGGCCAUUGAACUUAAGACCCUCAUUGAACAAUGGGAGCCUCCGCAGUUCUUCGAGCCUCCCGAGGACCCGACUUCGGAUGUGCAACACAGCUACCAGUCCGCACAGGCUUACCGUUGGGCGACUCUGCUGUAUCUGCACCAGGCUGUUCCAGAGAUACCCUCCGAGUCAUGUGCAGAUCUAGCAAAGAGAGUGCUCAUCCUCUUAGCGACGGUGCCGCUGAGUUCUCGGACGACGAUUAUCCAUAUAUAUCCGCUCUUGGCGGCCAGCUGCGAAGCAGAUACGCAGGAGGAUCGAGAGUGGAUAAUGGAACGGUGGUCAGCGAUGCAAAACCGGCUGAUGAUUGGAAAUAUUGAUCGGUGCUUGGAGGUCGUUCGGGAGGUAUGGAGCAGACGUGAUGCGUACGAGGCAGAAAAACAACGUCGGCAGCGGAGGUUUCCUGCGCGGGCGGGCUCUUAUGUUGCACCCGUUGAUACGAUGAAAAGGAAAUCUUCGCAUGGUCCCCCAAUGGGCGGUGACCCGGAUGUAAGCGGUUUCUAUGGACUCACGGAGCCGUGGAAGAAGAGAGCUGUGAAUGCGACGGGAGAUACCCCUAUGACGCUGUCUACACCAAGUUCAAGGCGUUCGUCAGUUGCCUCACCACUGGAUAACAUUGAGUUCGAGAAAACCGUCCGGGGAAGGUUACACUGGAUAACCGUUAUGCGAGACUGGAACUGGGAAGGUAGGAAUUUAAUUCAAUAUUAUUCUCAUUUCUCGUUUCUGAACCAGGAAAACUAA